ACUCAUACACCGAUCCCAUGGUAAAGAGAAGGGCUUUAGUUUAGAUUUUUCUACGUUGCACUUUCGAUUUGAUUACAAUGUCAUUUGAUUCAGAGGACGCACGAGAGAAAACCAGACCUUAGACUCUGAGCAGGGCCAGACUACGGUAGUUGGAGGGUUUUGGUUUAAUCGUCGGUGAUGGCUAUUCUGACAGAUGCAAAUAAUUGCUUUGCGUUUGACCUCUACCUGAAGCUCUGUGAAGAGACAAGAACUGAGAAUAUUUUCUUUUCUCCAUUAAGUAUAUCAACAGCUCUGGCUAUGGUGUUCGUUGGUGCUAAAGGCAACACUAACAAGCAGAUGGCUGAGGUGCUGCAUUUUGGUGGCAUUGGAAAUGUUUGUGCUGGAUUCCAGAAGUUGCAAUCAGAUAUGAAGAAUCUCAACACUGCCAAUCUGCUGAAGGUGGCAAAUGGCCUGUACAGAGAUAAAAGCUCCGACUUGCACUGUGAGUAUCUCGAAUCCAUGUCAAAGUCCUAUCAAGCAGAACUUGCUUCCAUUGAUUUUGCAGAAAGAUCAGAAGAGGCCAGAGUCCACAUCAACGCAUGGGUGGAACGGCAGACAGAGGGCAAGAUCCAGAACUUGUUAGCUGAAGGGUCAGUUGAUGCAGAUUCAAAGCUCGUUCUCGUGAAUGCCAUCUACUUCAAAGGAAAUUGGGAGAAGAAAUUCGAUGAAGAUAAUACCGAGGAGAGGCCAUUCAUUGUCACCGAGAAUGAAUCUAAACCGGUGAAAAUGAUGUGUCAGAAAGGAACAUUUAACACAGCGUACAUUGAAGAGGUUGCAACCAAUAUCCUGGAACUGCCUUAUACUCAGGAUGAGCUGAGUAUGAUCAUCCUGUUACCUGAUGAAAUUGGUGGAUUGGAAAAGCUGCGGAAGAGUCUGACAUACAACAAGCUGUCGAAAUGGACCAGCGUGAAAAAUCUGGAUCCUUCAGAAGUAUUUGUCAGCCUGCCCAGAUUCAACCUGGAAGGAAGCUACGACCUCAGGGCUACACUUGCCACCAUGGGAAUGUCAGAGGCCUUCGAUAGGAGGAGCGCCGAUUUCUCAGGAAUGACAGGGACACCUGACCUGUGUUUGUCCAGUGUUAUUCACAAGUCAUUUGUGGAAGUGAAUGAAGAAGGAAGCGAAGCAGCAGCCAGCACAGAGGCGACCCUGUCAUUUCGGUGUUUCAGCUCAACAGACGAAUUUAUAGCGGAUCAUCCUUUCCUAUUCUACAUCAGGCACAAUAAAACUCAAAGCAUCUUAUUUUUGGGCCAGUUCUCAUCACCUUAGCCAGAACUUUUACUUGUCCCCCUUAUAAGCAUAACUAUCUGCUUUAAUGUCCCAAGCAUCAGCAUCUGACACUGACACGGGAUGUUGAAUCAUUAUCAUCUCUAAACCACCAAUAAAGUCAUUAACAUUUCUCUA